AUGAAUUCUGAAAACUCCAUAACUGAAAACCAGCAAAGGAGAAUACGCUAUCCCUAUGAUGCAUUUAUAUCUUAUGUCGGAGCGAACAGAAAAUUCGUCAUGGAGGAGAUGAAACCGAGAUUGGAGGAAAACAGAUUGAGAAUAUUCAUCCGUGAUAUUGACUUUGAGGUAGGUGACAACAAAGUUGACAAUAUAAUGAGAGCUCUUGGGAGAAGCAAGAAAACCAUUUGUGUUGUGUCCAAAUCUUACUUAAAAUCUAAAUGGCGAACUUACGAACUGAAUAUGGUGAAAAUGGAAGGAAUGAAAUCUAGAGGAUCUCUCCGAUAUGUUCAGCUUAUAUUAAUGCCUGAUCUGUUUGAAGAAAGUACUAGUUGUAACACGAAAAUCAGAGAUUUGAUUGACCAGAAAUGUUUCCUUGAAUGCCCACCCAAAGAUUCGUCUCUCCAAGAUAUCUUCUGGAGAGAUCUUAUUAGUACUAUUAAAAGUCCCCACUAA